AUGUCAGGACAUUCUAAAUGGGCAAAUAUUAAACAUAAAAAAGGUAAAACCGAUGCGUUAAAAGCUAAAAUGGCUACGAAAAUCGGCCGUGAAAUCACCGUUGCAGCACGCAUGGGCGGUGCAGAUCCGACGGGGAAUAUGCGUUUGAAAUUAGCACUUCAGAAAGCUCGUGAAAAUAACAUUCCUAAGGAUAAUAUUCAACGUGCUAUCGAUAAGGGCGUAGGCACAACGGAUAUGAACGCAUACGAGGAAAUCGUAUAUGAAGGCUAUGGGCCUGCCGGUGUUGCCGUUACCGUUGAGGUGAUGACUGAUAAUCGUAAUCGUGCUGCUGCAGACGUGCGCCAUGCUUUUUCUAAACAAGGUGGUAACCUUGGUGAAAGCGGCUGUGUAGGCUGGAUGUUCAAAUCUAAAGGCGUAUUUGUUAUCGAUAAAAAAGAUCAUGACGAAGAUGAAGUAACUAUGCUCGCUCUCGAAGCUGGUGCAGAAGAUCUUAAGUCUGAAGAUGAUGUGUUUGAAAUUUAUACAACACCAGAAGAUUUUGAUGCUGUAGAAGCAGCGCUUGCUGAUGCGGAUAUCGAAACUGUAGUAGCUAAAAUCACAAUGAUUCCAGAUACAACGAUUGAGUUAUCUGGUGAUGAUGCUGUAAAAAUGCAAAAAAUGCUUGACGUAUUGGAUGAUCUUGACGAUGUACAAAACGUAUAUCACAACGGAAUUGACCCAGGCACGGCUAUAUGCGGAUACGGCAUUAUUGACGUGAAGGGCAGCAAACUAACACCAGUAGCCUAUGGGGCUAUUACAACUCCUAAGGAAUUAACUGAUUCACAGCGAUUGGAAAUUCUAUUUAAUGAUCUUAGCGAUCUUUUAGAGGAAUAUAAGCCAGAUAAGUUUGGUGUAGAGGAAUUAUUCUUUAACCGUAAUGUAACGACAGCCAUUAAGGUUGGACAAGCACGAGGUGUCAUCUUAUUGGCCGCCGAGCAACAGCGUAUUCCACUCUAUGAAUAUACGCCGCUACAAAUCAAGCAAGCGGUCACUGGUUAUGGCAAGGCUGAUAAGAAUCAGGUCAUUUAUAUGACGAUGAAUAUUUUGGGGAUUCGUGAGAAAAUCAAGCCCGAUGAUACAGCAGAUGCAUUGGCAGUUGCUAUCUAUGUACAUGGUGUAGGGUAUCGCGUAUAUGUGCCGACCACUACGCGUCAACAAUUGAUAGAAGGUCGUGAGGUGACGCUAUUCACGUAUCUUAAUGUACGAGAAGAUGCGAUGCAACUCUACGGCUUUUGGACGGAAGAGGAAUAUGAGUUGUUCAUACUGCUCAUUUCUGUUUCCGGUAUCGGUCCCAAGGUGGGGCUUGGCAUUUUGUCAGGUAUGAUACCAGAGGCUUUUAAAUUAGCGAUUAUCAAUGGACAGGUGCAACAAUUAACUAAGUUACCUGGUAUUGGCAAGAAGUCUGCGGAGCGACUUGUUUUAGAAUUAAAGGAUAAGAUUGCUAAGAUGACACAUAUUUCUGCAGAAUCACCUGCGGCUAUUCAGCCUAUUGGUGUCAUUGCUAGUGGUGCUGCAGGGGAGGCUAUUGAAGCUCUCGUAUCAUUAGGAUACUCCGAACGAGAUGUGGCUGAUAUUGUUGAGUCUUUAGAUGAUGCUUGGGAAAGGACGAUAAGGAUGAAUGAAGAAGUACGCCUUGUCGGCAAUGGCGAGCACGAAGAGGAUAUAUGGCAAUAUAGCCUUCGACCUAAGUUCUUUAAUGAGUAUGUAGGGCAAGAAGAGGCUAAAGGCAAUCUAAAUGUGUAUAUUCAGGCUGCAAAGCAACGUGGUGAAGCAUUGGAUCACGUUUUGCUCUAUGGGCCUCCAGGUCUUGGUAAGACUACAUUAGCAGGGAUUAUUGCGAAUGAAUUGGGUGUUAAUUUUCGCAUAACUUCUGGUCCUGCUAUUGAAAAGUCUGGUGAUUUGGCUGCAAUUUUAACAAAUUUAGAUGAUCAUGAUGUAUUAUUUAUCGAUGAGAUUCAUCGCUUGUCCCGUAGCGUAGAGGAAGUGUUGUACUCUGCCAUGGAGGACUAUGCUAUUGAUAUUAUCAUCGGUAAGGGGCCAAGUGCUCGAACUGUACGCAUUGACUUGCCAAAAUUUACUUUGGUAGGUGCCACGACUCGAGCGGGUGCUUUGGCGGCACCUUUACGGGACCGAUUUGGUAUUAUUAAUCGGUUGGAAUAUUAUAAACAACCAGAGUUAGAAUUUAUUGUGACUCGAGCCGCAGAAAUACUUAAUAUUGGUAUUGUGCCGACUGGGGCAAGCGAAAUUGCGCGUCGUUCACGAGGAACACCGCGUAUCGCAAACCGUCUGCUUAAACGGGUACGCGAUUUUGCACAAGUCAUUGGUGAUGGGGUUAUCACUCAAGAAAUUGCAGAUGAAGCAUUACAACGUUUAUAUGUAGACAAAAUGGGCCUUGAUCGAAUCGAUCGACGUGUGUUGGAAUGUAUUAUUGAAAAAUAUGAUGGCGGCCCUGUAGGGAUUGAUACCAUUGCGGCGGCCAUCAGCGAAGAGAGAGAUACCAUCGAAGAUGUGUAUGAACCAUAUUUGAUGCAAUUAGGAUUUUUAGGACGCACACCGCGUGGGAGGGUGGCUACUAAAUUGGCCUAUGAGCAUUUAGGUGUAAAUAUUGGCGGUGCUUCUGUAGCACAUGGAGCGACGCUGCAAAAUAAAAGUGCAGUGGUAACGAAAAAGCCAACGCCAAAAUCAGCAGUAUCUAAUACAACUGUAUCGAAAGUAAAUACGACAAAGAAAUCUAGUUUUCGUCCACUUGCUACUAAACCAGUUGCAAAGCCGGUCACAACAACUAAAACGGUUUCUAAGUCAACUGCUACAUCUACGGUGGCUAAACCUAGUGCAAAACCGGUUAGUGUAGCAAAGCCUGCUACAGCUACAAAGCCGGUAACGACGGCUAAACCAGUUAGUGCAACAAAAUCAACUAGUACUGAGAAAUCUAGUACUAAUGCAACAGCUACGAAAUCAGCUACUACAGGUAAAGCUAUAACGGCUACAAAACCUGCUGCUUCUGCUACUGCAAAGCCAGCUGCUAAACCUGCAGUUACUGGUAAUCGUAGCUCCGAUGCUACUGUUACCUCUACAGCUAACAUGGUUGUGUUGAACAGCGGUAAUGGUCAAGUUAGCACAAUCAGUGCUAAUCGUGGUACAUCUAUUGGCGUUCGCGGUGGGAAGAUUGCUGUAAAUGGAAAGGCUAUUGAUAGUGUGGUUACAUUGAAGCCUGCAAGUAGUGAUGCACCAUUCUUGUUCGAAGGUAAAGGUUAUCGUGGUGGACUCACAUUACGUGCCAAUAAUGGAACCAUGAUGGUCAUUAACUCUGUGCCACUUGAGGAUUACUUGUAUGGUGUUGUCCCUCAAGAGGUAGUACCGUCUUGGCCUGCUGCCGCAUUAGAGGCACAAGCUGUAGCAGCUCGCACCUAUGCUCUUCAUACGAUGGAACAAAAUAAAGGAAAACUCUAUGACGUGAGUAGUUCCACGGAUUAUCAAGUUUAUAGUGGUGUGAGUGGCGAAUCUCAAGCUACCACAAAUGCGGUAAAUAAAACUAAAGGCGUAGUUAUGCUUUAUGACCAACGUCCUAUUAAUGCUUUAUUCCAUUCCGAUGGCGGCGGUUAUACAGAGGAUAGUGUAAAUGUUUGGGGUAGUGAUGUGCCUUACUUGAAAGGGGUAAAAGACUUUAGUACUGGUACAUCUACAUCGAACUGGACUGUUACUACCUCUCGUCAAGCGCUUGAAAGCAAGCUUAAUGCGGCAAGUAAAGGGGGCAAACAAACAUCUGACCGCGGUGUAUCUGGUCGCAUCAAAAGUGCAACUUUCAUAGGCACCUCUGGAAAAACUACUGUAGGUGGUGAUGCAUUGCGUAGCAUUUUAGGCACGGGUAAGGCAUAUCAUAGCUUUACUGGCAAGAAUGAUACUGUCUAUAUUAAAGGCCACGGUUGGGGACAUGGUCUUGGUAUGUCUCAAUGGGGCGCUGCAGAAAUGGCAAAGCGUGCUAACCCUGGAGAUACAAAUUAUUAUCAAACUAUUUUGCGUCACUACUAUAGUGGCAUUACAUUGAAGAAAAUGUAUUAA